AUGUCGGACGGUGUGGAUAGUCAUAUAUUAAGACAUUAUGAAAUUCAAAAGCGUUUAGGCAAAGGAGCAUAUGGUAUCGUUUGGAAAGCAACCGAUAAAAGAUCAAAAGAAGUUGUGGCAUUGAAAAAGAUAUUCGAUGCAUUUCGAAAUCAAACAGAUGCUCAAAGAACGUAUCGUGAAAUCGUAUUUUUACGUGAAUUUGGCGAACAUCCGAAUAUUAUUCGUUUACAGAAUGUUCUUCGCGCUGAUAAUGAUCGUGAUAUUUAUCUUGUUUUUGAAUUUAUGGAUACACAUAAGCGUUAUGUUAUGUAUCAACUACUGAAAGCAAUGAAAUAUCUACAUUCUGCAAAUGUUAUUCAUCGCGACAUGAAGCAACAAGGUGGUACCGAGCGCCUGAAAUUCUUCUUGCCUCAUCCAAAUAUACCAAAGGGGACAUCUACGUUCAAUCAGUUAGAAAAAAUAUUACAGCAUAUCCCUUCACCAAGUCAAUCGGGUAUGCUAAAACCAAAAAAAUCUUUCGACAACUUAAUACCGAGUGCCAAUGAAGAUGCCCAUGAUUUACUUAAAAAACUUUUACAUUUCAAUCCAGACAAACGUAUAACAGCCGAUGAAGGUUUACGUCACAACUAUGUAUUAUCCUUUCACAAUCCAAACGACGAAAUAACAAAAGGUUACGAUGUUGUACCACAAUUAAGUGAUGAUAUUCAAUUAACUGUAGAAGAAUAUCGAAAAAAAUUAUAUGAAUUAAUUCAAUUACGAAAAGUAUCAGCUAAAACGGGAGGUGUUGUAUCAAAUUAUAGUUCAAAUUCGGAUGUCGGGGCUGCUAAUAGUAGUACCAACGUUAUUCAACCAACUCGUUCCACUUAUAGUGCAUCAGAACAUAAUAAUAAUAAUGAAACUACCACACAACAGGCACAGCAUCAUGGAAAAAGUGCUUAUAUCGAUCAGUCCGAGUAUGAUUCAUAUAAACAACAUAUUUCCAAUACACAGACAAAGCCUAUGGGCAAUAAUAAUCAUAACAAUAACUACAGUAACGAAUCAACAUCUAUUAUAAACGGGCGAACGUACUCUAAUAACAACAACGAUGUACCCAAAAACAGACAACAAAAAUAUACAAAUGAUAUAGAUGAAGAUUAUAUAGAAAAUACAGGACAAUAUUCCAAAGCUCCACCCUAUCCAUCACUUUUGGGUCGUUCACACAGUUACAACGGGAUGAGUUCAAAUCCCGGACAACCAAGAGUUCUAAGUGCAAAACAGCGAAUAACAUCCAAUUCAAAUAUACCAUACCAAAAAUCGAACGGUCCACUUAUCCGUGAAAAAUCAGCUAAUCGUGGAUCUCGUUCUGGUUCAGCACCCACGCCCACGCCGCCACCAAAAAAUUCUAGCUAUUAUUCGAAACGACCAACCGUUAUAUUUGGUGAUUCCGAGAAAAAUGGUUCACAAGCAAAAUCGAAUAAUAAAUUUAUCGCUAAUCUUCGACCAAACUCAGCCGAUACAAGAGCUAAAACUCGUUUUAAUUCGCUGUUAACAAACGUAACAUCGAAUGGAGGUGGUGGUUAUCUACAAAAUUCAUCAUCUUCCUUCGGAUUGUAUUCAAAUCAAACUGCAGCAAGACGAGCUCACAUGAACUAUAGUAAUAUGACAUCGUCAAUGGCUGCUAGAGAUAAUCUUGGUGGCUAUAGUCAGGCGAACGGAACACUUUCUCAAAAUGGAUUACGAGUUCUUGACAGCUUACUUCAUUAUACAUCAUAA